UUUUUUACUUCUCUCUCUCUAAAAAAGAUUUCCCCCAUUCUUCUUCAUACCUCUUCUGGUUGCCGCUAUGAAUCCAUUCAAUAUGAUCUGAUUUUCAAGUUUUUGAUUCAAACCCUUUAUCCCUAUUGAUCUGAUUUACCAAUCUGAUGAAAAAAGAUCAGAUUUUGGUUUGAUUUUUUAGGUUUUUUUCUAGGUUUUCAGUUGAUAGAACAAGAAAGCAUUUUUAUUACACUUGCGUAACACCAACUGGUUGAGGUGAUUAGAGUUGUUUGAAUUCGAGGUUUUUGGUUGGUAAUGGUUACUGAGAAUCCACUGAAUAUGUUAUCGGAGAUGGGUAUGAGGAAUAUGUUAUCAGAUGGAUCAUAUAAUGAAGAAUUAGGUAAAGAGUUAGAGAUUUUAUUGAGAGAACAGAGGAGGAAAGACAAUCAAGCGAUGAUUAUGAAUGAUCGAGAAAGAGAGUUGAGUAUGUUUAGAAGUGGUUCUGCGCCUCCUACUGUUGAAGGUUCAUUAGCCGCCGUUGGUGGUCUGUUUAAUGGCGGUGGUGGUGGUUCAAUGAAUGAUUUUAAUGCUGUCAUUAGAAAUGGUGGCGGUGGUAAUGGGUUUAGGUCAGAAGAAGAACUUAGGUCUGAUCCAGAAUAUUUAUCUUAUUAUUAUAGUAAUGUUAAUCUAAACCCUAGACUGCCGCCUCCAAUGUUGUCUAAAGAGGAUUGGAGGUUUCAACAAAGGUAUCAAAGUGGUGGCGGUGGUGCUGGUGGUGGCUCUGGAUUAGGUGGUAUUGGUGAUAGAAGGAAGGUUCAGCAGCAGCAACAGCAGCACAGGGCUGUUGAUGAUGGAGGUAGUAGGUCUUUGUUCUCUUCACAACUCGGGUAUACAAUAGACGAAAAUGAUGUUGUGGAGUCUAGGAAAGGUCAGACUGAAUGGAGUGGUGCUGAUGGACUAAUUGGAUUCUCUGGAUUAGGACUUGGCGGCAAGCAAAAGAGUUUUGCUGAUAUCUUUCAGGAUGAUGUUGGGCGUGCGUCCCCUGUGUCAGCACACCCUUCCAGACCAGCUAGCCGUACAGCUUUCGAUGAUGGUGUUGACACAUUAGGUUCUGCUGAAGCCCAGCUUGCUCAGUUGCAUCAUGAACUGUUAUCAUCUGAUGCUCUGAGAUCUGGAUCAAAUGUUCAGGGCAUUUCUGGUGUUCAAAACAAUGGUUCUUCUGCAGCUUCCCAUUCGUAUGCAUCUGCUUUAGGUGCCUCGUUAUCAAGAAGCACCACUCCUACUCCUGACCCUCAACAUAUUGCUAGAGCUCCCAGUCCUGGCCUGCCUCCUGUCGGAGCAGGGAAACAUAGUGCUAAAGAUAAUAGGAGUCUCAAUAGUUCAAACUCAUUUACUGGUGUCUCAUCUGGUAUGAACAACUCCGCUGAUCUAGCUGCUGCCUUGUCGGGAAUGAGUCUUUCAAACAAUGGUGCAGUAAAUGACGAAAACCAUAUGCGGUCUCAGAUUCAACAAGAAAUUGAAGAUCACCAACAUUUCCUUUUCAAUCUGCAAAAUGGUCAAAGCCAGGCCAAGCAACAGUCAUAUUUAAAAAGGUCUGGUUCUGGAAAUUUUCAUGGUCAAGCGAAAGAUUCAUACCCUGAUUAUGGAAAGAGCAAUGGUCUUGGUAACACCCAUUCGAUGAAAGUGCCUCCUCCUCCGAUCAAUACAGGCUCAGGAGGUUUUUCUCCAUACCAGAAUGUAGAUAAUGUAAACCCGGCAUUUGCAAACUAUGGAUUAAGUGGGUACUCAGGUAAUUUACCUUUAUCACCCAUGAUGGCUAGUCAAUUGGGCAGUGUUAAUUUGCCUCAUUUGUUUGAAAAUUUUGCUGCAGCAUCUGCAAUGGGCGCCCCUGGGAUGGACUCUAGGGGAAUGGGAGGUGGUCUGGGUUCACCGAACUUUGCUGGGGCAGCAGAUUUGCAGAACCUCCACAGAAUGGGCAGUAACGGAGUGCAUCCAAUGGAUCCUUUGUUCCUUCAGUACUUGAGGACGGCUGAAUAUGCUGCAGCUCUUAACGAUCCAUCUCUAGACAGGAACUACAUGGGUAGUUCAUAUGCUGAUAUACUUGGCCUCCAAAAAGCUUACCUUGGGGCAUUGAUUUCACCUAAAUCACAGUAUGGCCUCCCAUAUGCAGGCAAAUCUGGUGGUAUGAAUCAAGGUUAUUAUGGUAACGCCUCAUACGGUCUUGGAGGCAUGUCGUAUCCGAACUCCUUGAUUAAUCCUAUACUACCCAACUCUCCUGUUGGACCUGGUAGUCCUAUGAGGCACAGUGAGCGAAACAUGCGCUUUGCUUCUGGAAUGAGAAAUUUAGGUGGUAAUGUUAUGGGAUCCUGGCACUCGGAAGUUGGUGGCAACAUGGAUGAUAGCUUUUCAUCAUCACUUCUUGAAGAGUUCAAAAAUAACAAGACCAAAAGUUUUGAACUAUCUGAAAUUGCAGGUCAUGUUGUUGAGUUCAGUGCGGAUCAGUAUGGUAGUCGAUUCAUUCAGCAGAAGCUUGAGACAGCCUCAGAAGAGGAGAAGAAUAUGGUUUUCCAGGAAAUUAUUCCACAAGGUCUUGCUUUGAUGACGGACGUUUUCGGCAAUUAUGUUAUUCAGAAGUUCUUUGAGCACGGUACUGCACCUCAGAGAAGAGAAUUGGCAAACCAGCUCAACGGGCAUGUGUUGACACUUAGCCUUCAAAUGUAUGGUUGUCGUGUGAUCCAAAAGGCGAUAGAAGUUGUUGAUCUGGACCAGCAGACUAAAAUGGUUGCUGAGCUUGAUGGUCAUAUCAUGCGUUGUGUACGUGAUCAAAACGGAAACCAUGUCAUUCAGAAGUGUAUCGAAUGCAUUCCGCAAGAUGCUAUUCAGUUUAUCAUCUCAUCCUUCUACGAUCAAGUUGUGACUUUAUCUACUCAUCCCUAUGGCUGUCGUGUGAUACAGCGCGUGUUGGAGCACUGCAGCGACCCUAAAACCCAGCAAAUUAUGAUGGAUGAAAUCUUUCAAUCUGUUUGCAUGCUAGCACAAGACCAAUAUGGAAAUUAUGUUGUUCAGCAUGUUCUGGAGCAUGGAAAGCCACAUGAACGCACUGCCAUUAUCAAGAAAUUAGCUGGUCAAAUUGUUCAAAUGAGCCAGCAGAAAUUUGCUUCCAACGUUGUUGAGAAAUGCUUAACUUUUGGUGGUCCCGUUGAACGCCAGUUUUUGGUCAGUGAGAUGCUUGGUACGACUGAUGAAAAUGAGCCUCUACAGGCUAUGAUGAAGGAUCAAUUUGCUAACUACGUUGUACAAAAAGUACUGGAGACUUGUGAUGAUCAACAACGUGAACUGAUUCUGUCACGUAUAAAGGUCCACUUGAACGCGCUGAAGAAGUACACUUAUGGGAAGCAUAUAGUUGCUCGUGUUGAAAAGCUUGUUGCAGCUGGAGAAUCCUACUUGCUGAUUUCAGAAAGGAGAAUUGCUCUCUCAUCUUCGUAUAAUGCUGCGGCGGCGGCUCAGCUGGCGCAGUAACAGAAAGCCAGAUGUACAGCUAACUGAUGCUAGUAUGAGCACUGUCUCUCUCUUUUCUUAUCUAUCUAUUAAAUCAGGUACGAGCUGAUUGAAAAUAAAGUUGUUGCUUGUACUUUGCAAAGAAACUGUACAUUUUUAGUUUGAGGAAAUAUAGCUAGCUAGAAUCAGGCAAAAAGGUGAGUGAGGCUCAGAUGGUGAAUAUUGCACCUUGAUGCCCCUGCGGAGGAGUGGAUAAAAAGAUCAUUAAUGAUUGUACAAGUUUUUAAGGGUGUAAAGAGGAAAAGAUAAAAAAUGAUGAAAAGGAAGGUAGUAAAUAUUUAGCUGUGAGAAAAAAAAAGGAAAUGUACAAAAAUGUCGCCAUGUUGAGAGCCUUUAGAUGUUCAGGUGUGAGGCCAGAAUUUUCGGUUUUCUCCGUUUUUAAGUUAUUAACCUCAAGAGGAUUUGGUUAUUUUUCUUACUUUCUUCGGUAAUUAUAAAAAGUACAGCUUUUAAUAUUUUUCAUGGGA